UUGUUAAACAACAAAUAGACAAUUGAACAAAAUAAAAAUAAAAACAAACAAACCAAUCAACAAGCAAACAUUAUUGAGAAUAACAAAUACAAAAACAACAUUUAAUAAUAGCGCACAGCAAGUGUGCGUUUAUGUCCAGAAGUGAAGUGCAAAGUAAAGUGGUGUUAGGGCAUAGUGCGGAAAAGUUGACAAAGCAGUGUGACAACAAGUGAUAAGCAAAGAACGGAGAAAGCAAACUAACGCCUGAGAAACGCACACAUACGCGUACAUACACAUUUCCAUACAUUCAUUUGGCUACCCUGCGGCGUUGAAUAGCAGAGGCAAUCUCCAAUAUGCCGGUUCCUGUGAGUUGGCGUUGGCGUUGUUGGCGUUGUUGCCGUUGCAGAUUAAAUGCCGACAGCCUAAUUGCGGUUAUUGUUGAAUUGUUGUUGCCGCUCCUGCUGCUGCUGACUUGUGUCGGUCAUGGCACCUGCCAAGAUACUACCGUUUACUUCCCCAUGUCUGCAGUUAAAUUCAAUCUUCCAUUCAACGAGAAGUCACAGAGUAUAUUUUCCAAAAUACCAAUUGGACGCUUUCAAAUACUACCCGUUACUACCAUCGACUACCUUUACACCUUAGAGAAUAACGAUCUCUUGCGCGUCAAUAGCAGCACCGGUGAGGUUUUCAUGAAGGAUGAUUAUCAAACCGCACACAAGAGGACGAAAAUCAUCUUAAGCGCCAUUGCGCGUAACGCCCACAAGGCGCCUAAUAAAAUACCACAAAUGACUUUGGAAGUGACGCCACAAGCGGAAGCCGCAUACUGCAGCAACUUGGAAAAUGUCUGCUUUUGGGCCGGAGCACAGUACACGAUUAUCGAGGAUGUAAGUCGGGAGACGACUGCCAUUGAUGCGAUUGAAAUGAUUUCAUUUGAGCCAAUACGCGUGGGCACCUUGAAUCCACGUGCCACACGUUACCUCUGUCCCACCAUGGAUGUGAAGUAUACGCUGCAGAAUGGUGGCAAAUAUUUCACUUUAAAAAAUAAUGAACUCUACACUAAAAUGCCAUUGGAUUUUGAGUAUUUCAAUACAACAGAGGUGGCGAAUCUCGCGGUCAGCGUUGCCUGUACGGUCAAAGUGAGUGAGGAGAAAGUGGUUACUUACAACAAGACGCUGCCUGUAGCGCUUUUAGAUCGUAACGACAACGGGCCGGAGUUGCAAAACGAGGACGCAUAUAAUUUCUUGCUGGAUAAUCCACAUUUUAAGCAGGACGACCCCAUUGGGAGCAAGAUCAUUUUCACCGACAAAGAUUCGCUCAAAUCGAAUGCGCACUUAACUUAUCAAAUUUUCAACGACACCAGUGAGUUGGUGCGUCCCGAUUGCACAGCUUUCGAGUCAGAUCAUACCGGCAAACGAAAAUCAAUUUUUAGCUGUCAAAUACAUUUCGCACGCAAUGGCAUACUUAGUCAAUCUGACUAUUGUUUCUCCUUGGUCGCCAGUGAUAGCACGAUUGUCGCGAAUACAACAAAAACCGCCAAAGCGAAUAUUUGCAUACGCACCGAUCCGGGUAAGAUACACGAGGCUGAUCGGCCACGUGUCAUGGAGUUGCGCCAGCAUCGUGGUAAGGGUCGGCGUUUAACCAACUCUGCUGAGUCGAUAUUCGACAGCGAUGAUCGGGGUUUCUUAACGCCAAGCAUUUUGAGUAGCUAUCCGAAGGAUGUCUUUAUACAUCGCACUGCCAUGUCGUAUAGUCGAGUGGCCGAACCAGAGCAUUUUUUAAGUUUAAUAGAAAUGUCGGCGGUACAGUUCACAAUUGCCGAGGAUCGUAGUGGCGCUUUUGGUAUAACAACGACGGCUGGCAUUGUAUAUGUAAAGGAUACGAACGCGCUGGAGAGCUCGCCGGAAACAGUUUACUUUCUCAACAUCAGCUGGCAUGACGCCUAUCAGCGUUCGUUUGUUGUCAAUGUGCAUCUCGUCGAUGGACAUGUCGACAAUGCGACCUGCGAGCAAAAGCUCAAAUCUCGCAGUCAAACUUGCGCUCAGUUAAAAUACCAGAAGCAAUGCACGAAAUUUUGCGGGCUCGGCACCAAUGGUGGCGCAUGUGUGUGGCGCGGUUCGAAUGCGGGUUUCUUCGGACGCAAUUACGCCUCGUGUGUACCCGAUGCUACACAUUGUCCGGACAAUAUUUGCGAUCCGCUGGAAGAGCUUAAUACUUUUAUUUGUCCACAGGACUGCGUUGGAGGUGGCAAAAUUAUGGGUCCACACACAACCAACAACAAUAAACGUGGUAUUUACUCUGCGUCGGGUACUUGCACUUGUGAGGACAAUGGCAAAUGCCUAUGCGCGCCACUCGAUGAUGAAGAGCCGCGUCCGAAACGCAAGCGCAAAAAUGAAGCAAAGUCAACUGAUGCCACGAAAUUGGCCCAAUUCGGUGGGCUGGAGAGCAACGCGUUGCCAACGCAAAAUAUUUUAAACAAUGAAGUGUUAGACCGCGAUGCAAUGAGCAUUCAUGUGGCCGGUUUCACCUGUGGCAGAUCUUGCAUUCUACUCGUUUUCACCUGUCCGCUCGUGCUCAUCGUUCUUAUUAUUUGCUUAAUUGCAUCACAACGUAAUCUUGUGCGUCGUGCAUGUGGCAAGGAGGCGCUCGUACAGAAGUCAUCUGCGAAUGGUGGCGAUUGUGAUGUGCGUAAUGGUGAUGUGCCGCUGAUGCAGCUUGAAAGUGGUUUGGUAAAAUUCGAUAUGGCGGACUCGAAAUGGGAGUUCGAUCGUGCGAAGCUUCAGUUGGAUGUGGUGCUGGGCGAGGGAGAAUUCGGUAAAGUCGUGAAGGGUUAUGCCACCGAUAUUGCAGAUAUACCUGGUGUUACCACAGUGGCAGUCAAGAUGCUAAAGAGUGGCGCCAAUUCUGUAGAGUAUAUGGCCCUAUUGUCGGAAUUUCAAUUACUACAGGAGGUUUCGCAUCCGAAUGUGAUAAAGUUGCUGGGCGCCUGCACCAAAGACGAUACACCAUUGAUCAUUAUUGAGUACGCGAAAUAUGGGUCGCUACGCAGCUAUUUGCGCUUGGGGCGAAAGAUCGAGUGCUCGGGCGUCGAUUUCACCGACGGCGUGGAACCAAUGACUGUGAAGAAUAUUCUCGCGUUUGCAUGGCAAAUUUGCAAGGGUAUGGCAUACUUGACGGAGAUUAAGUACACCACCAAAUCGGAUGUGUGGGCUUUUGGCGUGCUCUGUCGGGAGCUGAUUACGUUGGGUGCCUCACCGUAUCCGGGCAUACCGCCACAGAAUCUCUAUCAUUUAUUGAAAACUGGCUAUCGCAUGGAAAGACCAGAGAACUGUUCAGAAGAAAUUUAUUCCAUUGUGCGCACAUGCUGUACGGAUGAUCCUAACUCGCGACCAUCCUUCAAAUAUCUAGCUUCACAAUUCGAAAAACUCCCUAUUGAAAUGGAAUCGUGUGCCAUUUCCAAUCCGAUGUAUUGCUUGGAUGAAGCUAAAUUGACCAGCAUUUCACAGCCCGAUCUAACCGCUGGCCUUGAGUUUGGCGAGCCAGACUCGUUGGACCAUCUCUGGCAACCACCUAAAAUGUGCUACGACACACAGGAAUGUCCGAGCAGUCGCGAAUUCUCCGCCACAUUUAUCAUGGAGUUCCAACAGCCACCACCUGGUUAUGAUGUGCCACGUCCACUCAUCGAGACUGCUACCACUGAGCAGGCCUUGCGUUAUGAGAAUGACUUACGUUUCACCUUGAACAUACGUAAGUCUGUUUGUACCGCUAGCCUUGCGACGAAUAGUCAAAAUGGCAGCGGUGGUGUCGCCGAUGGGGCGUUGACGCAGCAGCACUAUUCGGUGCCGGUGAAACGAGGACGCUCCUACUUUGAUAUGACAAAUAAGACAUUCAUACCCGAUAAUUUGGAUAGUGAUGCAUUUGAAAAACAUCUUUCGAAAACAAUUUCAUUCCGAUUUUCUAGUCUAUUGAAUUUAAAGGAACAAGAUUUGGGGGCUAUUUAGAGUUACUAAGUAAAGCAAGAGGGGGAAUUUAUUUAAAAAAUGUUUUUUUAUUCGUGGUGUUUUUUGUGUAUAUGCAAUGUGUGUGUAUGUAUGA